AUGAGCAGUCCAGAAGAGAUAGAAGGUGAAGCAACAGUUGAAAAGAAGGAGGACGUAAGCGAGUCUGUGGGACCCGGAGAAGUCGAGAAAAUAGAAGAACAACCCGUUGAUAGUGAAAAAGACUCCGAUUUAUCAGAAGAUCAAAAAGUGCAGAAACAUCCAGAGGAUUCAGAGGAAAUUAUGGAAUCCUCUGAUGUCCUGCAAGAGUCAACAUCUGAAGAUCCUGAAAUAGAAGAACAAGGUGAUCAGCCAUCAGCAAUGCUGCAAGAACAAACAGAAGUGGAAAAAGAUUGUGAUGAAGACGAAAAAGUGCAAGACUGUGACCAACCUGAGAUCUCUUCACCAACUGAUGGAGAAGAGGAAGUGGACUCCGUCGGCGAACACGACGUUAGUGGCGCCGAAUCGCCUCCACCACCUCCAUCGCCGACUCCACCGCCACCGCCAGCAGAAGCAGCUGAAGUGACACCGUCGCCUGAACUGCUGGGCACAGAAGAUCAGCCGGUAGAGAGUGAAAUCCCUGCUGAAGUAGGGGAGAUUGUCGAGCAGCAGCGUGAGGAGGAGAUCGAGAACUUAAAAAAAGGUCCGACUCCACCCUUUGACAUUGAGACGGGCGAUCAUCGCGACGAGGAACCAAUUACCGCCGAACAGGAGCAGGAAGAAAUCGAAGAAAGCGAACAAGGACGAGAAAGCGAGCCGUUCCUUAGAGAGGGCUCUGCCGUCACUGAGAGUAUCACACAGCUCAGCGAAUCUCAACUUACUGAGCAGGAAGCUGAGCCUGAUCUGGUUACUGCUGAGGAGAAGUCAGCCAUGGACUCGCUCGUCAUUAGUCACGAAACAGAGGUGUUCGAGAAUCAGCAGAGGAUCGCGGAUUCCGAACAGCAACAAGACGAGAUGGUCGAAAGCCGCGAAACGCAGCGAGAUGAGGAAGAGACGGAGCAGCACAACGAAGCUGUGGUCCGAAACGAUGGUCAGCUGAGAUCUGCUGAGGCUGGGGACUUCCAAUCGACAAGUGAAGCACCGAAAACGGUAACGCCUGAACCGACUGUAACUGAGACAAAGGAAAAAGCGGAACCAACUGCACCGGCGCCAAAACCAGCCAGCCGAUUAGUACGACCGCCUAAUCGAGUAAUUCACACAGCUCCACAAGGCCCUACUGCAAAUCGAGCCCAAUCUGCUACCAGACCUAGGAUUUGUCAGUUGAAUCAUAUAACACAAGAACAAAAGAAAUCUUUACAAUUGAAACUCAACAAUUUGCUUGGAAGAAAAUGUCAUCCAAAAGACACGGCUAUGCCGAGGCCUCCAGCAGCCCUGGUGAGGUCCAUCAAACCCCCGGCACCAAAAAUGCCCCUUCGACCUGCUGCAAAAGAGGUGGUGAAGAAGCCAGCCGCACGAACGCAGUCACAACCGCGGCCGACAAUUGAAUCCAAAACCGUCAGUCAACCGACUACACCAAAAGUACAUAGAAAAAUCGUCACCGUCACAAGUAAAAUUGGCUCGUUCACGGAUCACAAACCACAAGGCGGAAAUGUGCAAAUAUUUUCCGAAAGUCGAACCUAUAAUGCACAGUCCAAAAUAGGUUCACUACAUAAUGUAACACAUACACCAGGAGGCGGAAAUGUGAAAAUACCAACAGUAAAGUUAGACUUCAAAGAGAAAGCUAAACCAAAAAUUGAAGCAAAGUCUGACUAUGUGCCUCCGGUUCCCGAAAAGAAGAUGAUCACACAGAAGCUGAAUUGGAACGCCCAAUCAAAGAUUGGCUCAUUGGACAAUGUGAAGCACAAGCCAGCCGGUGGUAAUGUACAGAUUCUCAAUCAAAAACUCGAGUGGCAUGCCACCAGCAAAGUCGGCUCCAAAGAUAAUAUCAAACACAAACCUGGCGGUGGAAAUGUGCAGAUUUUCGACGAAAGGAUACAGUAUGUGUCGUCGACGAAUCACAAAUCGAAUGGUGGCUCAUUGAGUAAUGUGAGCAACCAAUCACGACACUCGCAUAAUGCGAUCAAUAUGCUCGAUUUGUGACCCGCACACAAUGCACCACAAUUCUACCGUAUCCACACCGCCUGAUCUGAUCUGAUCUCGAAAAAUUAUGCUCUAAAUUUAUGGUACUGAAAUUAUCUAUGCGAAAUGAAGUCGAAAUGGCAUUUGGUUGAUAGAUAC